AUGAGAGAGUUAUUUGCUUAUCGUAUGCAGGAUCGGAUAAAUCAGUUUUCGUUAAUCUUGAAUUCUAAGAGGCUAUUCCAGCAGUUCUUGGUUAAUGUUUAUACUAUGAUAGAGAGCGAGAGACUUAGCUAUAUACGAUAUCAACAGAAAGAUCUUAGGUCUGACACAUAUGAAAGCCUCCGUAAAUUAAAAACACACGGUCAAGAUGAUAUAUCUAAGGCUGGAAAACGUGUCUUCUUGCCAUCUUCCUUUACUGGUGGAGCACGAUAUAUGAUGCAAAACUAUUUAGACGCUAUGGCUCUGUGUAAAUGCUUUGGUUAUCCGGAUUUUUUUAUAACCAUAACAUGCAAUCCCAAAUGGCCAGAAGUUCAACGCUUUCUCAAAGACACCAAUCUCAGUCCGGAAGAUAGGCCUGAUAUCCUUUCCAGAUUGUUCAAAAUUAAGCUUGAUUCAAUUUGCAAAGAUUUAAAAAAGAAUCAUCUAUUUGGCAAAGCUUCAGCAGUUGUUUACAAAAUCGAGUUUCAAAAACGUGGUUUGCCUCAUGCCCAUUUAUGCUUAUUCAUGGAGCCUGAAUCGAAAUUACCUACGAUGGACCAUGUUGAUGCAUUUAUAUGCGCAGAAAUACCAGACAGAAAUCAAGAUCCAGAAUUAUUCAUGCUUGUGAAAGAAUAUAUGAUACACGGUCCAUGUGGUAAUGCUAGGUUGAGCUCUCCAUGUAUGGUUGAUAGGAAGUGUUCAAAAGGCUUUCCCAAAGACUUUCAAGAUCAUACUACACUAGAUUCAAACGGGUUUCCAUUAUACAGAAGGAGAAACAAUGGCGCUGUUGUUGUGAAAAAUAAAAUUGACCUUGAUAACAGAAGUGUGGUACCGUACAACAAAAAAUUAUUGAAAAGGUAUCAAGCUUAUAUAAAUGUUGAAUGGUGCAAUCAGGCCGCUUCGAUAAAGUAUCUGUUUAAAUACAUUAAUAAAGGGCCUGAUAGAGCCACUAUAGCUGUUGUGCAAAGCGAUAAUCAAUCUGAAGAACAAGUACAAGACGAGAUAAAAGAGUAUUACGAUUGUCGGUAUAUAUCAGCUUGCGAAGCAUCUUGGAGGAUAUUUGCCAAUGAAGUGCAUUAUAAAAGACCUUCUGUUAUGAGACUUCCGUUCCAUCUACCUGGCCAACAACCUGUUGUUUUCGGACCUGACGAGGAUAUUAACUAUGUUCUAAACAAACCAUCUGUUAAAUCUUCAAUGUUUCUCUCAUGGAUGGAACGUAAUAAAGACCCAAAUGACACGUUGGCCCGUACACUUACAUAUGUUCAGUUCCCCAAUUAUUAUGUUUGGAAGCUUGAUAAGCGAGUCUGGGAACCUAGACAAAGGAAAACAGCAAUUGGCAGGAUUCAUUCCGUCCCUCCGUCACUAGGUGAAGCUUAUUUUUUGAGAAUUCUGCUUAACAAGGUCAGAGGACCAACAUCGUUUGAUGACAUUAAAACAGUUAAUGGUCAUGUUUACGAUACAUAUAGAGAUGCUUGCUACGCGCUCGGUCUUUUGGAUGACGACUCCGAGUAUGUGGAGGCAAUAAAGGAAGCAAGUUUAUCAGGAAGCGCUUCAUAUAUUCGUAAUUUAUUUUGUACCAUGCUGUUAUCCAGUAGUCUUUCUAGACCUGAGGUUGUUUGGGAAAGUUCAUGGAAAUACAUGACAGACGAUUUUUUAUAUAGACUUCAGAAAUACCAUCGAGUUACAGUGUUAUCAAUUCCGGAGCACCAACUGAAAAACUAUGCUUUGUGCGAGAUUGAGAAGUUUUUACUGCGAAAUAAUUCAUCCUUGCGAAGAUUUCAAACAAUGCCAUUUCCAGAUAUGUCGUCUUUAGGUAGUUCAGAUAGUCGUUUGAUAUACGAGGAGCGGGCCUAUAAUAUAACACAUCUUGGAAAUCUUUACGAUAGUCAGUUGACAAUGUUAACUGAUGAACAACGCUCUGUGUUUGAAGAAAUUAUGGCAGCAGUUAACGGUGAUAACGGUGGGAUUUUUUUCCUUUACGGCUAUGGUGGAACAGGUAAAACAUUUCUAUGGAAGACAUUGUCCGCUGCAAUUAGAUCAAAAGGUCAAAUCGUCUUAAAUGUGGCUUCAAGUGGAAUUGCAUCGUUGUUGUUAGAUGGUGGCAGGACUGCACAUUCCAGGUUUCACAUACCUUUGAAUCUUACUGAAGACUCUGUAUGUAAUAUAAAACCAGAAAGUGACGUGUCUAAAUUACUGCAUGAGACGAAAUUAAUAAUUUGGGAUGAAGCACCUAUGGUACACAAACAUGCAUUCGAAGCACUGGAUAGAACACUGAAUGACGUUUUCAACAUCGACCAAUCUCUCAAUUCAGACAUACGGUUUGGAGGUAAGGUAAUUGUUUUUGGUGGCGAUUUUAGACAAAUAUUACCUGUCGUUCCAAACGGUGGAAGACAAGAGAUUGUUAAUGCCUCCUUAUGUUCGUCUUACUUGUGGAGUAAAUGUAAAUUGCUAAGAUUAACAAGAAACAUGAGGUUAAUCGUUGGAAGGUUGACGGCAGAUAUUGAAGAAAUAAACAGUUUUGCCAAAUGGCUUUUGGAUUUGGGUGAGGGUAAUGUUGGUGGUCCAAAUGAUGGGGAAGCAACUAUUCAAAUUCCAGAAGAUCUUCUUAUUACUGAUGAAGCCGACCCAAUUGCAAGUUUAAUUGAUUUUGUUUAUCCAUCAAUCUUGCAAAACAUCAACAACCAUAAUUAUUUCAGUGAGCGCGCUAUACUUGCACCGAAGAAUGAUGUUGUGCAUGAGAUUAAUGACAGGUUGCUAUCAAUGUUUCCUGGUGAAGAAAGAGAGUAUCUUAGCUCUGACAGUCUUUGUCCGACCGAAGAUGUAAAUGCUACACAACAAAGAAUAUACUCUCCGGAUGUGCUCAAUGGUCUUAAAAUAUCAGGCUUACCAAAUCAUAGGUUGGUGCUAAAAGUUGGUGUUCCCGUAAUGUUAUUACGAAAUAUUGACCAUCGGAAUGGUUUGUGCAACGGUACAAGGCUACAAGUAAAAAAGCUGUACAACCGUGUAAUAGAAGCCGAGAUAAUAUCUGGUACAAAUAUUGGUACUUCUACAUAUAUACCUCGAAUUAAUUUGAUUCCUUCUGAUAAAAAGAUUCCUUUUGCUUUUCAAAGGAGACAAUUUCCACUUUCCGUAUGUUUUGCGAUGACAAUAAACAAAAGUCAAGGCCAGUCUCUUUCUAAAGUUGGUUUGUACCUGAAACAACCCGUCUUCUCUCAUGGUCAAUUGUAUGUUGCUUUGUCAAGGGUGAAAACAAGAGAUGGGGUCAAACUACUCAUACUUGACAACAAUGGAAAACCGACAGAUAAAACAAGUAAUGUUGUUUAUAAAGAGAUUUUCAACGAAUUGUAA